AUGUUGUUGUUAAAAGUUUUAAUACUUGGAUGGGCUUUAACAGCCUUAGCAAGUUUUCAAAAGAUUAAGCUUAUAAAAUUAAAGCCUAAUAAUGAGGAUAAGAAGAUACCCUUAACCGUGCAGGUUUCAGCGCUCGUGGAGAAAUAUAUGAGCCAUUUCUCGAAAAUAGAUACAUCUCAUAUAGUAGAUAAGGAAAAACCAAGGGAUGAUUUGCAUGAAGUUUCACUGACUAACUUUUUUAAUGCACAAUAUUAUACACAAAUUAAGCUCGGAACGCCUCCGCAAACAUUUAAAGUAGUAUUAGAUACAGGAUCAUCUAAUUUAUGGGUUCCGUCAUCGAAAUGUACGUCUAUUGCAUGCCUUCUACAUAAAAGAUAUGAUUCAUCUUUAUCAUCAACAUAUUUAGCAAAUGGAACAGAAUUUCAAAUCCGAUAUGGCUCAGGUAGCUUAUCGGGAUUUAUAAGUCAAGAUGUACUACAUAUUGGGGAUCUUAUUGUUCACUCUCAGGAUUUUGGAGAGGCUAUUUCGGAGCCAGGACUUUCCUUUGCAUUUGGGAGAUUUGAUGGGAUUCUUGGACUUGCAUAUAGUUCUAUUUCUGUUAAUAACGUUGUUCCACCUUUCUACAACAUGAUUAAUCAAAAGUUGAUUCCUGAACCUAUUUUUUCAUUUUGGUUAGGAACUAUUGAAAAGGAUAUUGAAGGUGGAGAAUGUGUAUUUGGCGGCAUUGAUCCAAAUCAUUUUGAUGGCAAUAUAACGUAUAUUCCAAUACGUAGAAAAGCUUAUUGGGAAGUUAAUUUAGAUGCUUUUUUUUUUGGAAAAGAUAUGAUCGAACUUUCUAAUACAGGCAUUAUUUUGGACACAGGAACGAGUUUAAUUGUGAUGCCAUCAGACGUUUCAGAACUUUUAAAUAAUGCAAUUGGCGCAACUAAAUUAUGGACUGGUGAAUAUAUUAUUGACUGUAACAAGACAAGUACUUUGCCUGAUAUUGUAUUUCGUUUGGAUGGACAUGAUUUUUCUUUAUCAUCUCAUGAUUAUAUUUUGAAAGUUCAAGGAAUGUGUCUAAGCACAUUUAUAGGAAUGGAUAUUCCUCCACCUGCUGGUCCUCUUUGGAUUGUUGGAGAUGUGUUUCUUCGUAGGUAUUAUUCUAUCUAUGAUCUAGGGAAAAAUCGAAUAGGUCUUUCUAAUGCAAAAAAGAGGCUGUUUUAA